CCUGCCUCCCCCUCCCGGCCUCCCCCUCUCCCCCUCCCCAGGAAGUGGGCGUGGCUGGGCCUUAGUGACGUGGACAGGGCCCCCCGGGGCCUCUGCCCAGGGCUCGGCCCGGACGGACGCACCACCUCGUACCAGUGCAGCGAUAAGCAGGCCUACAUCUGCCAGUACAACCCCCAGGUUCGCGUCCGCGUCCCAGACUCUGGGGUCUACUCGCUGGGCCUGGCGGUGUUUCCGGUCCAUCACCCCGUCCUCCGCCCCCCCUCUGUCCAGCCCACCGUCCCCCAGCCUCAAGGUGGCAGCAUAGAGCUGCUGCUUCUCCCUGGGCUCAGUGUGCUGCAGCCCGGUCGUCUCUCGUCUCUGGAGUUCCUCUCUGUGGGUCUGAGCUCUGAGACGCAGGUCCUCCUCCAGACCUUCAGACCCCACUGCCACCACCCCGGGCUGCACCUGCUGCUGCCAGGCUGCAGCGGUGCGGUGUGUUCUCCAGUGGCGGUGUGCGUGCCCUCAGACCCCAGCCUCCAGCCCCAGCCGACCCCCUGCCCUCCGCUGCAGCAGUGGUGCCCCUUCCAGGGCUGCUGCCUGGAGCUCUCCAGCCCCUGCCCGCCCUCCUCCAGCCCCAACGCCUCCCAGGCAGGGGCCCCCCCCCCCGGGGCACUGAGGCCACGAUACGCCCUCGCAGACGAGGUGCUGCUGACCCUCCCCGCGGGCCCGCCGGCACACGUCCUGGUGAGAGAACAUCUAGAGGACCUGCUGGUGUUCCCCGGUGAUGUCAUCGCCCUGCAGCACGACGCCGGUCCCGGUCGCCUCCUCCACUGCCCCGCCUCCCCGCUGUCUCCAUGGCGACAACCUGUCCUCGCCGUCAACCUAACGGAGUGGUUCUGGGCUCGCGGUGCGGGGGCGGGCGGCGCGGUGGACAGAGACCCCGGAGACAGAGGAGACGGAGGAGACAGGGACCCCGGAGACAGAGGAGACAGAGGAGACAGGGACCCCGGAGACAGAGGAGACAGAGGAGACAGGGACCCCGGAGACAGAGGAGACAGAGGAGACAGGGACCCCGGAGACAGAGGAGACAGAGGAGCCAGAGGAGACAGGGACCCCGGAGACAGAGGAGACAGGGACCCCGGAGACAGAGGAGACAGACACCCCAGGGUCGGUCUGGUUCUGGACGUGGAGGCGCUGGUGCAGGACGGGGAGGGGGCCUGGGUGGGGGAGGUGGUCUGCCCCGUCAGGGUGCUCUACGUGGGGCAGGCUGAGACACCACUCCAGGGGGGGCAGCUCUCGGCUGGCCUGCCCGAGACCGGCCUCUACACCAUGCAGGUGAGCUCUGCGGAGCCGGCCUACCAGGUGUCGGCGUCCUGCCCCAUCAGGGUGAUCCCCCCCCUGGGGCUGACGGUGCUCCACCCCCCCCCCCAGAACGGGACUCUGUACCUCACGCCCAACGCCAGCCGCCUGCUGCUGAGGGUGGAGUCCCGCUACCCCACGCAGGUCCUCCAGCGCGGCCGCCCACACCACAGCACCGCCUUCGGCCCGGCCUGCCCUGACGAGUACGCCGUCUGUCCGGGGGGCCCAGAGGCCACCGGGGGGGGGCCCGGUCUGUACGCGGUGCUGGACCUGGGGCUGGGGGCGGGGACCCGGGGGCCGGUCUCCGUGGAGCUCGUCGCCCACAACGAGGUGACGGAGGUGAACCUGACGCUGGCCGUGUGGGUGGAGCGCCCGCUGGGGGGGCUGCUGGUGCUGCCCCAUCCCACCAGCAGGGUGCUGAUGAACUCGGUGCUGAGCUACACGGCCUCGGUGGCAGAGGGAUCCAACCCCACCUUCAAGUGGACGGUGGACGACAAACCCUACUUCACCUACUACAACACCGUGCUCAACGUCAUCUACCAGCACACGGGCUGCUACAAGCUCACGGUGAGGGCCAUGAACCACGUCAGCAGUGUGGUGGAGCACUUCAACGUGACGGUGGACACCUUGAGGCCCAUGGCCGACCUGACGGUGACCGGGGCCCCCGACGUGGUGCAGCAGGGGGCCCCCCAGACCCUGACUGCCGCCGUGGGGCUGGACGCGUCUGUACCGGCCACCUUCAGGUGGUCUUUCGGCGAUGGAGGCUACAAGGAGUUUGAGUUCAAGCCCCCUUACCCCUCCUCCCUCUUCUGCCCGGACUCUCCCAAUCAAGUGUCUCUGCGGAACAACGUGACUUACAUCUAUCCUCAACCAGGAGUGUACAUAGCGCAGGUCUCCGUCUCCAACCGCUACCAGAACAUCAGCCAGCACAUCACCAUGAACGUUUACAGCGUGCUGAACCGCGUAGAAAUGGAGACGGUGCCUCCCCUGCUCCUGGCGGGCAAGGCGGCCACCUUCGAGGCCCACGCCUGGCCCUCGCCCUACGGCAUCCACUACACCUGGGACUUCGGCGACGGCUCGCCGGCACGGCAGGGCCGCGAGCGGCAAGUGGCGCACACCUACUCCCAGAGCGCAGCCUUCAGGAUCUGCGUCUCGGUGAACAACACCAUCAGCUCCACGGACGCCUGCUUCGACAUGCAGGUGCACGAGGAGAUCGAGGACCUCACCGCGGAGAGCAACUCGCCCACAGAGCUCAACAUGCCGACUGUGUUCGUGGCUCGCCUGGCGUCAGGGAGCAACAUCACCUGGACGUUCUCCUUUGGAGACGGGGAAACGUACACCAGCGCCAAGCCGCAGGCCUCGCAUCACUACGCCAGGGACGGCAACUACACGGUCAACGUGACGGCCAGCAACGCCGUGAGCUCCGGUUGGACCCUCCUGACCGUGCAGGUGUUUGUCUUCCAGGUGUUGGAGGUGAGGCCCUCUGAGUGUGUCCGGGAGCGCCACCCGGUGGCCUUCCAGGCCUGGGUUUCUGGGAACGCCCCCACGCCCCUCUACCAGUGGAGCUUUGGGGACGGUGAGACCCAUCAGGGGAAUCAGAAGGUCACGCACACCUACCAGGCCAGUGGGAGCUACAACCUCUCUCUGCACGUCUCCAGUCAGCUCAACAACGCGUCCCAGGCCCUCUUCUCCAGCCGUGUGUGCGUCCAGCCAGCCGUCGCCAACGUCAGCCUCGCUCUGAACAAAACUCACUUCCACGCGGGGGAGGAGAUCCACUUCCACGCCAGAGCUCAGCCGGAGUUUAACUACAGCUACCUGUGGGACUUUGACACCGGGGACGGCCCCUUGCUAAUCCAUGGUUCUGGGGAGGUUCGGUUCAGCUACGAUAAUCCAGGAACCCACUUAGUGUCCGUCACCGUGUUAAAUAACAUCUCCUCCAGCAACACCAGCGUCCAGUUGGAAGUUCAGAGACUGGUGGGCCAAGUUGUCCUCCAGCAUAAUGGCACAAGGUCCAGUAAUCUGACACUCAAGGAGCCGUACCUCUUCACCACCUCCUCUUCGUCCACUGAAGUCCAAUACACGUGGAGUUUUGGGGACGGGACGGUGUUCGUAGGCCACAGCGUCGUUCAUGCCUACAACCAGUCAGGGGUCUUCAACGUGACCCUGACUGGGAACAACCAGGUGAGCUUGAACCGAACCGCUGUGGCCGUGGCCGUUUUCGCUCCGAUCCGCGGUCUGACACUGAACUCCAGCCAGGUGAACGUCCCCCUCAACACCUCGGUCCACUUUGAGGCCCAGAUGGAGGAGGGAGACGGGGUGAUGUUCUCUUGGAUCGUGUGCGACCGGGGCACCUCUAUCCUUGGCAACCACACCAUGUUCUACACCUUCCGCUCGGUGGGGACCUUCAACAUCACCGUGAUUGCUGAGAACGGCUUGGGGGCGGCCCAGGUGAGCCUGCUGCUCUUUGUACAGCGGGAGCUGGAGGGGCUGGCGGUGGUCGCUGAGGAGGAGACAGUGGGAGGGGGAGGGGGGGGCGGCCCUGGCCUGGAAGGCUGCUGCUUCGCCACAAACCGCGUCCUCCACCUGCAGGCGGUGCUGAAGGAAGGCACCAACAUGUCCUUCACCUGGAACCUAAUCCCGCCCAGCUCGGCAUCCAACCGGACCACUAAGAGCGUAGAGGUCAGCUUACCUGAGCCAGGAACCCUGGACGUGUUCCUUAAGGCGGCGAACCUCCUGGGACAGCUGACGGCCAACAGAACGUUCCAGUUCCUGGACCCGGUCGCUGUGCUCUCUCUGCAGAUCAGUGACAACCCGAUCGCCGUGGACGCCCCGAUGAACCUGAGUGUGGUCGCUUCAGGAGGCUCAGACCUGCAGUACCGCUGGUCGGUGGACGGAGAUGUGAUGCCCUGGAAGGAUCCCUGGGUCGUCCAUACCUUCACCAGCGCUGGACGAAGGGUCGUCAGAGUGGAGGUCUUCAACGAGGUCAGCUCACAGAACGUGUCGGACACGGUCAGCGUCCAGGAGGUCAUCACAGACCUGUCGUUCACAGCCACUAACGUCAUAGACGUUAUUGGCAAGAAUUAUGUUCCGACGGCGGUCAACGUCUCGCUCAUAGGGAGCAUUCUGACAGGAAGUGAUGUCACCUGGGUGUGGCUGCUGCCGGGCGGAACCGACGCCAGGAGGCAGAGCUCGGUCAUCUUCUCUGAGCCAAAGACGACCACCAUCACCCUGAACGCCACCAACGACCUCAGCGGGCAAGCCUUCUCCAGAGAAUUCAUUGUCCAGGAGAAGAUCCAGGGGCUGGAGCUGAAGGUCAGUGAGAAAACCGUUGCGGUCGGAAAGCCGGUGGAGUUCACCGUUUCCAUGGCAGCGGGCUCCGACGUCAGCCUCAUCCUCAGCAUCAGUGGAGACGCCACGGUCACCCCUGACCUGAACAAGACCUACGUCCAUAAAUUCAGCCGAGUGGACACCUACAUGGUCAACCUCACCGCCCAUAACCAGGUGAGCUCUAAGAGACACAACCUCCAGAUCCAGGUGAUGGAACCGGUCCAGGGGCUGAGCAUCCUGGACUGCUGUGACGCCGCCAUCCCUGUGGGGGUGAAGAGGACCUAUGUGGCCAGCAUCGUGAAGGGCAGACCGGUGCACUACCUGUGGACCUUUGACCUCCACCACCUCCGUGGUGGAGGUCAUCAGGCGGCUCACAUGAGCCAGGAGGUCACCUAUACCCCCGAAGAGGCCGGCUCUCUCACCAUCUACCUCAGCGCCUUCAACACCCUGCACCGCCUCAACAUCACCAAGCAGAUCCUGGUCCAGAACCUCCUCCGAGAGGUGGCGCUGGCUGCGUUCCCCCUCGACACCUUCAUCAACAAGACGGUGGCCCUGGUGGCAUCCGUAGCUCCCAGGGCCACGACGCUGCAGUGCUCAUGGGACUUUGGAGAUGGAACCGGCCACCUUCUCACCAACUCCACCACCGUGGGUCAUGAGUACGGCCAGCGUGGACAGUUCCUAGUCACCGUGAACUGCAGUAACCUGGUGAGCUGGGGCGUGGCCAAGGUCCAGGUGAACAUCAGGGUGUUAGGGUGCGAGGAGCCGGAAGUGCAGGUGGUCCAAGCCCCCCGACUCGCCAUCUGGGUGGCCCAGCCCACGCUGGUGGAGGCCAGCGUGGACCUGAAGGGCUGUGUCCGCUACGGAGCCCAGUACCUCUGGCAGGUCCUCUCCACCCCCCGCUGUGAGGACCAGGACCCCCACGCACCCCCCUAUCAGAGGACGGUCUCAAAGCACCCCGUCUCCGUCGCCCCCCUCCCGGCGGAGGUGGACGUCCGCCGGCUGCAGCUGUCCAUACCCAAGAUGGUGCUGGGAGCGGGGAACUACAGCCUGGUGUUCUCCCUUUCCUACGAGGGGAUCCCGCUCAGGAAGGCGGCCUGUCUGCAGCUCAGCGUCAUGGCGGCCAGUCUGGUUCCCAUCAUUGAGGGAGGAACCUACCGUGUCUGGUCCAGAACUCAGGACCUGCAGCUGAGCGCAGAGCCAUCCUACGACCCCAACAUGGAGCCAGAACGCCAAGCUCUGCUGCACUACCACUGGGCCUGUCAGAACACCUCCAAGGGCGCGGCUCACUGCUCCAGUCUGACCUUCGGUCUGGGCCCCAGGGGUCCGGUGUUGGGCAUCUCAGGCUCGGAGCUGGAGGCGGAGGUGGAGUACACCUUCAGCCUGACGGUCUCCAAGGAGGGGAUGGAGCCGCAGUCCUCCACGCAGACCGUGCGUGUGCAGAGCGGCCACAUCCCCAUGGUGUACCUGGAGUGUGUCUCCUGUAAGGCCCAGUCGGUGUACGAGGUCAGCCACAACUCCCACGUCUCCCUGAAGGGAACCUGCUCCAACUGCCAGGGCCCGACCCGCUGGCGCUGGACGGCCAGUCGUCAUGGUAACCAGAGCCUGGUGCUGGACUCCUCCUCCACCACCACGGGGAGGGAGGGUCUGAACCUGGUCCUGAAACGGGGCGUGCUGCGUCACGGCCACGCCUACAUCUUCACACUGCAUGUCACCGACGGCAACCUGGACGGGGAGGGGGCCGCCUCCAUCACGCUGUGGCCCAACAUGCCCCCCUCGGGGGGGCGGUGCCAGCUGAGGGUGCUGGGGGGCGGAGCCGGGGCGCGGGGAGGAGCCCAGCGGACCCCCGGGGACCCCGGAGCUGAGGUCUGGCGGAUCCGGACUCUGGUGGACCAGGUUCACUUCAACUGCUCAGGCUACAGUGACGCCGGCCCCUCGGAGACCCCCCUCCUGUACUCCCUGCUGGUGACGCGGUGCCGGGAGGAAGUGUGCGAGGACUUCGUGGUGUACCGCGGGACCAGCCCCGAGCACGCCGCCUACCUGCCCCCGGGCUUCGCCGCCGCCCGCCACCGGCUGGCCGUGUCGGUGACGGUGGAGGACCACCAGGGGGCGGCCAUCACCGCGCUCAACAGGUCCAUGGAGGUGUUGCUGCCGGACCCGCCCCCUGGCUACAGCAGCCUCCCCCAUUGGCUGGCUGAGCUGACGGGCAGCAGACUGAUGGAGCUGCUGAAGCAGGGAGACUCUCAGAGGGUGAGGGAGAUGAGCCUGGCCCUCAUCACCGCACUCAACGAGUACGAACACACCCGGGGCCGGGCGCUGGUGUCCCUCUCUGAGCGCUCGUACCGCGCCAGCGUCCGCAGCAACAUCACCCGCGCCCUGACGGCCCUGGACCUCAGCACGGUCAGCGACAUCCAGCAGACAUCGGCCACGCUGGCCCAGUGCACGGCGGUGAGCCGGGACUUCGUCUGUGAGGAGUGUCAGAACUCCACGCUGGACAAGCUGGAGUCGAUGCUGGAGAUCCUGCAGAGCGACACGCGGCGAGGGACGGUCACGCCCACCGAGAUAGCAGACAACAUCCUCAACAUCAUGGGUGACCUCAUCCACCAGGUCAGCCAGUCCUCCCAGCAGCCGGACCCCCCCCUCUCCUCCCCAGUCUCCUCCCCCUUGGCCCCGCCCCCGGAGGGGUCCUCCUCGGAGGCGGGCGGGGCCUCGGAGGCGGGUGGGGCCUCGGAGGCGGGGCCCCUGGGCGUGGCGGCGCGGGCCUACGGGCUCUCGGCGGUGCUGCUGCUCAUCCUGAUGCACGGCCGUGUGCUGAACGAGGAGCCGCUGGUCCUCAGAGGGGCCGAGAUCGCCGCCACGGGCAAACUCACCGACCCCCAGAGCCUGCUGUGUUACCAUGACAACGACAGCCCAGAGUGCCGCCGCUUCUCCAUCCCCCGAGCGUUUAACAGCAGUCUGGGCAGAGCUGCUGCAGGGAACAGCGUCAUGCAGCUGCUGUUUCAGGUGGAGCCCAACCCCUUCCCCUUCAACUACGUCCCUAACUACACCGUUUCCACGGAGGUGGCCUCCAUGGAGUUCCGGACGCAGAACGGGACUCAGAUCCCCAUCUCGGGUCUGGACGACAGCCAGGCCAUCACCGUUGCCGUUAAUAACGGCACUGUGGGCGGAGGAGGAGGGGGGGUGGCGGACGGAUGGGCGGAGCCCCCCAGGAGGGCGGGGGUCCCUACCGCCGGGGCCGCCAACAUCAGCCGCUGUGACUCCGUCAUCGUCCGCGUCAGCACGGGGAACGCCAACCGGCAGGCGGGCGUGUUCGUCACGCUCAACUUCACCGCCCGGCACGAUGACAGAGAGGGCGUAGCGUCUGAGGAAGAGGAGGAGGAGGAGCCCUUCAUCACGGCCUACCUCCACUCCCACCCGCUGCCCAACGAGUUCAACUGCACCGACAGGAAGAGGAUCACCCUGAGCCAGACCCGGGGGCACCAGCCCGACCACAGGAAGUACACCGUCUUCCUGUCCCCGGAGACCUACGACACCACCCUGGACUACUUCAUCAACGUGACGACGCCCUGCUCCCCGGGGGGGGCGGGCGUCCUCUUGGAGGUGGGCGUGUUCGCCUCGCUCUGCCAGUACUUCAGUGAGAGCGAGAAGCAGUGGCGUACCGACGGCAUGGUGCCGCUGGCCGCCACCAACGCCAGCCGCGCCGUCUGCCGCACGCGCCACCUCACCGCCUUCGCAGCCGGCCUCUUCGUCCCGGCCAAUGCCAUCAGCUUCAUCCUGCCGGAGCGGUCCGGGGCCCCCAGCCUGGUGGCCCUCCUGGUGUGUGUGCUGGGGCUGCUGAGCCUGGGCGUGGCGGGGGCCGUGCUCCACAAGCUGGACCAGCUAGACCUGCGGCGUGCGGCCGUGGUGCCGCUCUGCGGCCGCGACGGCCUCUUCAAGUACGAGGUCCAGGUGAAGACGGGCUGGAGCCGCGGCGCAGGCACCACCGCCCACGUGGGCGUCGGCCUGUACGGCCGCGAGAGCCGCAGCGGGCACCGCCACCUGGACAGCAAGGGCUCCUUCGCCCGCAACGCGCUGGACAUCUUCCACGUCGCCACGGACACCAGCCUGGGCAGCCUGUGGAAGAUACGAGUCUGGCACGACAACAAGGGUCUGUCCCCGGCCUGGCGGCUGCAGUACGUACUGGUCAGAGACAUGCAGACGGGCAGCAGCUACUACUUCCUGGUGGAGGAGUGGCUUUCGGUGGACAACGAGAAGACGGACGGCCGGGUGGAGGUGGAGGUGGAGGCCACCGACGAGGCCUGUCUGCGUCGUGUUCCCCACCUGCUGGUCUACGAGCUGCAGCGGGCGCUGUGUGAGUCCCACCUGUGGCUGUCGCUGUGGGAGCGGCCGGCCCGCAGCCCCUUCACCCGCCUGCAGAGGGCGACCUGCUGCGCUCUGCUGCUGCAGCUCUGCCUGCUGGCCAACGCGCUGUGGUACGGCACGGUGGUGGACCAGCGAUACAGCCCGCGGGCGGCGUCCGGCCGUCUGAGCCUAUCCUGGGACGCGUUGUGGGCGGGGCUUGUCAGCUGUGCGGCCGUCUAUCCGCUGUACCUGCUGCUCUUCACCGUGUUCAGGAUGAGCCGCAGCAAGUGUGUGUCUGUAGAGCAGAUCCCAGACCAGGCGGAUCAGCAGUCGGUGGAGAUCGAUGACUUCCUGGACGCCUCCAUCGGGGGCAGCUCCUUCCUGUUCCUCAACGGCGUCCACGACGAGACGAACUCUGAAGAGACCAACGUUGACUUCCCGUCUCCGUCCAACAAGAGUGUGGACAGCUGGACGCUGGCCGAUCAGGAAGAGACAGACGACCGAGAGGAUUGGCCGGAGAUGGUGAGCGACGUGUCGGUGAUUGGUGGAGCCGGCCUGGGGGCGGGGCUACCCCGGCUGAAGAGGGGUCAGGGCAGCAGGCACCUCGGCGUAGACAUGACCUUUAACCCCGACGACCCCCAAGGACAACGCCACAAACACUUCACCUCCUCAGAUGAGGACCUGAUCAAGCACAUCCUGACGGACGGACAGACGUUCUUCCCUCAGCCGGACGAGAGCGAGAUGGCCGACCUGUCGAGUAUUUUCGGAGACAAGACUGAAGUGAUUCUCCUGCAGAGGAUGAGCGACACCCAGCAGCCAGGAGGCUUCAGACGAGACCCCCCGAAGACCGCCUUCACCUCCAACACAGUGGUCACAGACGUCUGUCGUCCGCGGCGACUGCCUCCUUGGUGCGGGCGCGCCGCCCUAUGGGGCAGCUGGGCGGGCAUCCUGCUGGCCAAUGGGGUGACGGCGUGGGCGGGCUACGGGUUCAGCCAGGGCGUGGCCAUGAUGUGGCUCAUCUCCUGCUGCUGCAGCUUCCUGUGUUCCUGCUUACUGUUGGAGCCCCUCAAGGUGGUGUGUGAGGCGGUGUACUGGGCGGUGUGCGUGCGGCGGCUACGCCCCGAGGCUCAGGACGUGCUGGUGGAUUUCCCGCGGGUGGAGCGGGUGGUGCAGCGCGUUUCCCGGGUCCGCCCCCCCCAGGGGUUCGCCCUGUCCCAGGCCCGGCACCAGGCCCGCAAGGUCACCAUGCUGCACUCCAUGCUGAAGAACUUCCUGUUCUACAUGUUCUUCCUGCUUGUGGUUCUGCUCCUCAACUACUCCGACACUGCCAAGGACACACACAGCCUGCGCCUGCGCACACAGCUGGAGCGCACACUGCUCACACCCCACUACCACAACAUCAGCAGGCGAGAGGACGUCCUCCGCUGGCUGAAGGCCUCCCUCUGCCCGCGGCUGCUCAACAGCGCCGCCCUGCUGGCCGACACCGGCACCGUCCUACUGGGCACACUCAGACUGCGCCAGCUCACAGACCCACAAGACGGAGCUCAAAUCAGUUCCAACGGGGGUUCGCCGGGGGGGGACGUGUGGGCCGUGGGGGCCCCUGACCUCCUGACCCCCGACCCCCGGUCUGCUCUGGACCAGCAGGGGUCCCCUGGGGGGGAGGUCUCGGUCUACCAGCUCAACCGGACCCUGGAGCAGGCCUUAGCCACCAUAGACCAGCUGCAGCAGAACCAGUGGCUCAGCCACAGAACGCGGGCCCUGGUUGUGGAGUUUGGUCUGUACAACACCAACACUGACCUGCUGGCCGCUGUCUGCUUCCUGUUUGAGUUCCCCGUCUCUGAGCGCGCUCAGUCCAGCCUCGACCUCCCGGUCGUGCGCCUCUGGCCAAUCGAGGAGCUCGACCUCCAGCUGCUGCUGACGGUGGUGUUGUUGGGCCUGGCCUCUCACCAGUUGCGGUUCCUGCGGGAGUGGGCGGUGUUCGGCCGCGCUCUGCGCCGCUCUGUCUCUGAGCUGCUCUGUGUGUCUCUGGCCUCGCUGCUGUUGCUGCUGGCCUACGCACACACAGGACACCUGCUCUUCUCCUCCGGGCUGGACGGCUACGGCAACGUCGGCGCCGCCUGUCUCUCGCUGCUGAGUGCGGGGGGGCGGGGCUUGUUGCCGUGGCGCCCCGCGGAGACACCGGCAGGCCCGGCGAGCUCUGUGUGGGCGCUGGCCUUCGCGGGGAGCGCGGCGGCGCUGCGGCUGCUGGCGCUGUGGCUGGCGGCGGCCGUGCUGAUGAGGAACUACCGGCGGGCGCGCGCCGAGCUGCAGCGGCCGCCCGCCGACCUGCAGGACCACGAGAUGGUGGAGCUGCUGCUGCGCCGCCUCAAGAUGUGGCUGGGCCUGAGCCGCGCCAAGGAGUUCCGCCAUAAGGUCCGCUUCGAGGGCGUGGCCCUGCCCCCGUCCCGCUCCUCCUCCACCAGCGACUGCCAGUCCCUCUGCUUGCCCCCCCUGGAGGGGCCCGAGUCCCCCAGCCCCGACGCCGGCUCAGAGGCCUCCUGGUGCCCCCCCCCGGGGCCCCGCGGCCUCACCGAGCCCCCGGGCCCCGGGGGCUCGGUGGGCGGGGCCGGCUGGAGGGAGCGGGCGGAGACGGAGGCGUCGCUGCGGAGGCUGCUACCCACCCUGGACGCCCUGCUGCAGCAGCUGGAGCGCGUCACCAUGGCGACGGAGGAUCUGUUCCACACGGAGGUCCGUCUGGAGCGCGCCCGGAGGAGGGGGAGGGACCGGACCCCCGCGGGGAGGGAGGGGGAGGAGGAGCCGGGAAGGGGGGAGAAGAAGGGAGGCAAGCAGAAGGAGAAGAGCGGGAAGAAGGAGAAGAAGGAGAAGAAGGAGAAGGCGAGAGCAGCCAAGAAGAAGACUCCGCCCACCCCGUCCUCCCCCCUCAGAGCCCCGCCCACAAAGACCCUCCUCACACACCUCCUCCCCUCCAAGGUCAGCCCCCUCUCCCCCCACACCCCCUCCCCCUGAGGGGGGUGUCGACCCUGAUGGCCGGACAGCAGGUCUGUCCGGGCGGCCAUCAUGGAACCCACUGAAGACAUGAGGAAGAGGAAGAGGAAGGAAGACGAAGGUACGAAACGACCCGUCUGGACGAGGCGUCGCCGGAUGAGGGACCCUCGCUCAACGAGCUGUGAGCUCGGCGCAGGCGCCAGGGGCUAACAGAGUCCGCUAGCAGCUAGCUGCCAGGGGCUAAUAGAGUCCGCUAGCAGCUAGCCGCCAGGGGCUAAUAGAGUCCGCUAGCAGCUAGCCGCCAGGGGCUAAUAGAGUCCGCUAGCAGCUAGCCGCCAGGGGCUAAUAGAGUCCGCUAGCAGCUAGCCGCCAGGAGCUAAUCGAGUCCGCUAGCAGCCAGGGGCUAAUAGAGUCCGCUAGCAGCUAGCCGCCAGGUGCUAAUAGAGUCCGCUAGCAGCCAGCCGCCAGGUGCUAAUAGAGUCCACUAGCAGAUAGGCGCUAAUAGAGUCCGCUAGCAGCUAAAAGCUAGCGAUCCAAGCCAAAUAAAGCAAAUCCUUCUUUACCUCCCUGGACCGGACCCCAACAGACCCUGGGGGCCCGGCGGGGUCCUGGGGGCCCGGCGGGGUCCUGGGGGGUUCUUGGGGCCCACCAGGGCCCUUUGACAGGAGCACAGUGUCGUGUUCGACUAAGACUUACAGACUGUGGAGCGGUGUUCAGAGGGGGGGGGGGGCGUCUGUCCUGGAGGGAGUGGAGCGAGGGGUUGGCGUGGAAACAGGAGAGCGACGAGGAAAGUGUUGGCAGGUCAAAGGUCGGCUGAUCAGGGGAAGAGCGGGAAUAGGACCGGGACACUGGGAGGGGGGCCGACCUGAAGGGGGGGGGGGGGGGGGACCAAUGGGGGAGGGGCUGAAGGAUAGGGGGGGAGAGGGGAUAGGGGGGGGAACGCAGCCAGUCUGACCUAGUCCCACUUCUAGUUCCUGAUUGGUUGCAGACGUAUAGAAUAGCCGCCUAACCUUUCAGGAAGCAGUAGAUAGAAGGGGCUCUACUCAUGAUUCUUUCUGUAAAUAUAUGUUCAUUGAAGUUGUAUGCAUUGGUUUUAAUUUAAAGCACUUUGUUAUGAUGUAGGUGUGUUAUGAUGAGGGCUCGUGUGUAUAAUAAUAAUAAUGUAUAAGCUUGGUUGGAGAAGGCUUCGUAACGCGACAAUAAACACCAAAGCUGAUAAUUUAUGCUUUUACAGAGUUAUGAAUCGCUCUUAAACCGUUUAGCACUUUAUUCCCUAGUGAAGCUGACACCAUAUUUAACUUGUGUUUUUAUAUCUAAACAUUAUCACAAUGUAGCUACAUGUAUUUCAUGAUUUGUAUUCUUUGGUACUCAAUAUUGUCUGAUUCCCAAUGUCGUGUUUAUUUGGUCCUCGGUUGUAUCUGUACGUUAGAUGAUCUCUAAUGUUGGCCCCAGUGUACCCAGUAGGAGCUCUCAGGUACCUCUUCAACGCAUCGUUACAGUAUGAUAUGAACGUAUUCUCAUUUAAACCAACAAGCUAUUCUUUAAGCCAUGACCUUCCUUUUGCUUUAAUAUCCCAAAGUGUACGAUAAGUUUGGAUCUUUUAAUUCUGAAUAUCAAUGUAUCACAAUCUGACCAAGUGUCCAUUGUUGAGUUAAUUUGUAACCAAGCUAUGUUUAAGUACCCUUUGUUUUAGUACGGAUAAAGGUCUUCUCUGUCAUGUGUGUAAAUAUAGCAGUGUUGUUCGCUGUACAUAUUCCUCCUGUCAGAUGAAGUAUUGUUUUAUUCACAUAUCAGGCUGCACUGUCAUCAAACUCUGAAAUGACAGAUUCAAGUAGUUUGAGUAAAUGUAACACUAUUUUAUAAAAUUGCUAUUCUCCCACCGACACACUGCCCUUACUGUGAUGUCAGCCUCAUUACCAUCCAUCUGCAUGUUCCGCUGGAGUUUGUACUCUUGUAGGACUUAAAUGUAUCCCUGUGUUUAAAGCCUUGCUGAAAUUAUGCUCCUGUUUAGUGCUUGGCCGCUGAAUGUGUUCCAGAAUCAUCUUGCAUUGUCGGGCAGAUUAACACUUCUCAUGCUUUUGACAAAGUUGAAUAAAAGGUUUGACAGCAGAA